CGAUCGCAAAGAACAUUGAACUUUGAAACUGCAGUGUCUUCAAUCUUCCAAAGUUCUCUGCAUCCAUGAUCCCCGUAUGUACGAUAAAUCACGUUGUUGCUCCAAAAUAUGAGUCACUCAGAGGGAAUAUGUAGGUACUGUCAGUAGGAGACGCAGUUACCUCCUAGGUAUCUACCUACCUAUGCACAUAACUGGAUCGUCCCCAGUAAAAUCCUCACAUUAAACACCCAAGGCAACAACACAUAACUGCCACAUAUCAAGGGGGCUUCAAAGUUGUUGAAAUCACAAUAUUCUCAUCGGUUACCUCUCCUUUCUAUCUACCUAACACACCUAACACGUCUCCUUUUUGAAAAUAUGCCUCCUUCCGAUUAUAGUCACCCUCUUCCUUCUAAUGUGAUUAGGCCUCUGACCCCUGAUCUCCCCCCGGUGGCAUUGAUUGAGGCGCGGGAUCCGCAGGCUUCGGACCCGCAGCUACCAUCUCUACUUUGCUUAAGCAACGAGACCAUCACAGCCAUUACAGACCUCCUACUAGAAACGAGCCCCCAUACCCUAUCUUCUCUGGCCUUGGUAUGCUGCAACUUCUAUCGUAUCGCGAGAUACAGCCAGCAUCGAGAAGUUGCCCUGGUCACUGAUAGAAAUGGUGUGGACAAUGUCACGACAGAGCAGUUGAAUUGCAUUGAAAAGAGGGGGAUGCUUCAAGCUAUUCGGAGGUUAGAAAUCUUAGGUCGUCAUUCGGAAACAUUUGUGCUUCGGCUCCAUGAUCUUAUUCCCAAAAUGACUGGUCUCGCCGAAGUGACGUGGAGGUCAUGGCAACGGGGUAUGAUACCCGCAUCUGUGAUCCGACUUCUCAAAGAGCGACCCUGGAUCCGUCUUCACACGCAAGCAUCCGGCUUCUACCCUCGCGGAGCAGGCUUGACUAAGAUGAUUGGUCAUCUGGAGAAUAAUGAUAACCUGACCUCCUUAAAUGUGAUCUACGAAUAUUCCAAAGCUGUCGAUUGCGUCCGGUGGACUCGGCCGCUAAAACGUGUCUUGUUAUCAUGUCCCAACCUACGAAAGCUUAAGCUCGAUGUGAGGCUACGCCGAGGUGGAUGUGUACGUUUCCCGGCACCGCGCCAGUACUGUGGAUUUGGGUUCGUCGGCGAAGAGCGCCCGCCUGCUCUUGAGGUAUUAGAGUUGAUAAAUUAUCCCUUUGGACACAAAUCAUCAACAUCAAAUGAAGUCCCGCCAAAUCCAGGCAGAUCUUACUGCUGCGAUGGCUAUCCGCUUGAUGAGCCGGAAGAGGACUACUGGUCACGUGUCUUUGAUUGGUCACAACUAAAGGUAUUGAAGACAGAUAGCAUUCGUUUUGCUUUGCAGAUUAUGCCACAGCUCAUGGCUCUCGAGAUGUUUUCCUGUAAUUGGAUUUAUGACGAUUUUAUCAAGACCUUCUAUGAGCACGUCCCAAGUGUUCUACAGAGAAUAGUCAUCCCUACAAUGUCUAGUAUCGGUAUAGACGUUCUCCUGAAACACAGCAGUGGCUUGAAAGAACUCACAAUUCACCAAACGGAGAAAUACCGAGAGAUGUGGGGAAGAAUAUGGCGACGGGACGCCAUCGAUGCCAACACGCUACGAAAGAUUCGUGAUACAUGCCCGCAUAUCGAGGAAUUGCAUUUGGACAUAGGCCGUGAUGGUCAAUGGCCGUACGAGAUUCUCGACAUACUCGCAAGCUUUCCAUCGCUUCGCAAACUGGAGAUAUGGUUCGAGCUCGGACUUGAAAACGAUAUGACUCUCGUUCAGCCAUACCUCACCUUCGCAGCCGCCGGCCACCUCUUCCAAUACCUUCACGAACAUGCACCACGAGGAUCCACUCGCCUUCAGAAAGCGACUUUUGUAUCUGGGUCUCCCCCCACUAUUGGCUCCGUCUUGAUGUUAUCGCAGGUGUACUGGCCGAACCGUAAUAAAGCGACCUUUGUCUGCACAAAGUCGGAUCGAGACGACGAAAUCGGGAACGGUGUCUUCAGCGUGGAGUGCACACGGCUUAACCAGGAGCAAAAUGAAUAUUUACGGAAACUGAUACCUGGAGAGGAGGAUCCGGAUUGCCCGUAUUCCCAUAUUCCGAAUUUUGUGCUUGCCCGCGAUGGGCCCAUACGUUACGACCAGUGGAAAACGUUGUCUAACUGAUUUGAUCUUUGGAGGUCAGGCUACUAUGUAGUUGCCUUGUCACAAGUUUUGAUAUUGUUUGAGAGGAUAUAUGAGACCUUCGAUAUCAAAGAAUUAGAUGGCUAGUAAGGUUCGCUCUUUAGCAUACCUAGUACUCCCACUUUGGGGACAUACCACAUAUAUGGCUAGGCAGUAUGCAUAUGC